AUGGCCUCAUCCCUCCACAGACUCGUUGGCACCGGCGCCAGGCGAUUAUGCCUGCGGCCUGCGACAACAUCUCUUGCCACUCGACCCUUCACAGCAUCUGCUUUCCGACGGUAUUCGAGCCAAGAGCAGACUGGCACGCGAAUUAUUCCCACGGACGAGCAUUUCAACCUGACCGGCGACCCCUACGGCUUCCCUUCCAAGUCCGAGAGCGCCGCCGCCCAAAAGCCGCGCGAAAACAGCGUGGAGGAUCGCAAAGUCAGACACUACACUGUCAACUUCGGACCCCAGCAUCCUGCCGCCCACGGUGUGUUGCGAUUGAUUCUCGAGCUCAGCGGUGAAGAAAUCAUUCGGGCCGAUCCUCACGUCGGUCUGCUGCACCGAGGAACGGAAAAGUUGAUCGAGUACAAGACCUAUCUUCAAGCUCUGCCAUACUUCGACCGUUUGGACUAUGUCUCCAUGAUGACAAACGAACAAUGCUUUGCCCUUGCCGUCGAGAAGCUUCUGAACAUUGAGAUCCCCGACCGUGCCAAGUACAUCCGAACUCUCUUUGGCGAAAUCACCCGUGUCUUGAACCACCUGAUGUCCGUCCUAUCACACGCCAUGGACGUUGGUGCUUUGACACCUUUCCUGUGGGGUUUCGAGGAGCGAGAAAAGCUCAUGGAAUUCUAUGAGCGUGUCUCUGGUGCUCGUCUUCACGCCGCCUACGUUCGUCCUGGAGGUGUUCACCAGGAUAUCCCCAUUGGACUGCUGGAUGAUAUCUACCAGUGGGCUACCCAGUUCGGAGACCGCAUUGACGAGACUGAGGAGAUGCUUACUGAUAACCGUAUCUGGAUUGAGCGUCUGAGGGGCGUUGGUGUUGUCUCUGCUGCUGAUGCUCUGAACCUUUCUUUUACUGGUGUCAUGCUCCGUGGCUCUGGCAUUCCUUUUGAUGUUCGAAAGAACCAGCCAUAUGACGCCUACGACAAGGUCGAGUUCGAUGUCCCUGUUGGCACCAACGGUGACUGCUACGACCGAUACCUGUGCAGAAUGGAGGAGUUCAGACAGUCACUGCGCAUCAUCCACCAGUGCCUGAACCAGAUGCCCGCCGGCCCCGUCCGUGUCGAGGACUACAAGAUUUCACCUCCUCCCCGAUCUGCCAUGAAGGAGAACAUGGAGGCUCUGAUCCACCACUUCCUGCUUUACACCAAGGGAUACGCCGUGCCUCCUGGAGAGACUUACUCUGCUAUCGAGGCCCCCAAGGGUGAGAUGGGAGUCUACGUGGUCAGCGACGGCAGUGAGCGCCCUUACAGAUGCCACAUCCGCGCUCCUGGCUUUGCUCACUUGGGUGGUUUCGACCACGUCGCCAAGGGUCACUUGUUGGCUGAUGCGGUCGCUGUAAUUGGUACUAUGGAUCUUGUGUUUGGUGAGGUUGACAGGUAA